CGUGGCGCUCUCGAGGCUCCACUCUGAGCGAGCCCUUAAUUCUUCAGGUCCGCACGUCCCGCAUACACGGUCCAAUGCUACUUUCAGCUCAGAGUUUAGCUUCGGGAAGCCAGGAGAGAUUGGCCCGGAGUCGGCCUCUCAUUCCCACAACGCCCUGCGGAGGCCGGGGCGCCUGCUGGGAGUUGUAGUCCCUGCUCUGCGUACUGCGUUCGCCGAGGGGGAGGGCGGAGCUGCCGGCGGCCCGGGCGGGCUGGCAGCUAGAGUGGGUGCGAUAGCCGCCUCCGCCUCUGCCGCCUCCGCCGUCGCCUCCUCCGCCCGGGCCGUUCGCUGCUGCGCGGGGAGAGCGAGGCGGGGCCGCCGGGGUCGCCAUGGAGCCCGACUCAGUGAUUGAGGACAAGACCAUCGAGCUCAUGAACACUUCAGUAAUGGAAGAUCAAAAUGAAGAUGAGUCCCCAAAGAAAAAUACUCUUUGGCAGAUAAGUAAUGGAACAUCAUCUGUGAUCGUCUCCAGAAAGAGGCCAUCAGAAGGAAACUAUCAAAAAGAAAAAGACUUGUGUAUUAAAUAUUUUGACCAGUGGUCUGAAUCAGAUCAAGUGGAAUUUGUGGAACAUCUUAUUUCACGAAUGUGUCAUUAUCAGCAUGGACAUAUUAACUCUUACCUAAAGCCCAUGUUGCAGCGGGACUUUAUUACCGCUUUACCAGAGCAAGGCUUAGAUCACAUAGCAGAAAACAUUCUUUCCUACCUGGAUGCCAGGUCUCUGUGUGCAGCAGAGCUGGUAUGUAAAGAAUGGCAGCGAGUGAUCUCAGAAGGAAUGCUUUGGAAGAAGCUGAUUGAACGAAUGGUACGCACUGAUCCUCUAUGGAAGGGACUUUCAGAAAGAAGAGGGUGGGAUCAGUACCUGUUUAAAAACAGACCCACAGAUGGCCCUCCCAAUUCAUUUUAUAGGUCAUUAUACCCAAAGAUAAUCCAGGAUAUAGAGACCAUAGAAUCUAACUGGCGGUGUGGACGACACAACUUACAGAGGAUUCAGUGCCGCUCAGAAAAUAGUAAAGGUGUCUACUGUUUACAGUACGAUGAUGAAAAAAUUAUCAGUGGCCUACGAGAUAAUUCUAUUAAGAUUUGGGAUAAAACCAGCCUGGAAUGUUUGAAAGUGUUAACAGGACACACAGGUUCUGUCCUCUGUCUCCAGUACGAUGAACGUGUUAUUGUAACUGGUUCUUCAGAUUCUACAGUGAGAGUCUGGGAUGUGAACACAGGUGAAGUUCUUAACACGUUGAUCCACCACAAUGAAGCUGUAUUGCACUUACGCUUCAGCAAUGGACUGAUGGUGACCUGUUCAAAGGACCGUUCCAUUGCAGUGUGGGACAUGGCUUCUGCUACUGAUAUCACUUUACGCCGAGUUCUGGUUGGCCAUCGUGCUGCUGUCAAUGUAGUAGACUUUGAUGAUAAGUACAUCGUGUCUGCCUCUGGUGACAGGACCAUCAAAGUCUGGAGCACUAGCACCUGUGAAUUUGUCCGCACUCUGAAUGGGCACAAGCGAGGCAUUGCCUGUCUCCAGUACCGAGACCGGCUGGUUGUCAGUGGAUCGUCAGAUAACACCAUCAGGCUCUGGGAUAUCGAAUGUGGUGCCUGUUUAAGGGUCCUGGAGGGACAUGAAGAAUUGGUCCGAUGCAUCCGGUUUGAUAACAAGAGGAUUGUCAGUGGGGCCUAUGAUGGGAAAAUUAAAGUUUGGGACUUGCAAGCUGCUCUAGACCCUCGAGCCCCAGCAAGCACAUUGUGUCUGCGCACAUUGGUGGAACAUUCCGGACGUGUGUUUCGGCUACAGUUUGAUGAGUUUCAGAUUAUCAGCAGUUCUCAUGAUGACACUAUUUUGAUUUGGGAUUUCUUAAAUGUACCUCCCAGUGCCCAGAAUGAGACCCGUUCUCCCUCCAGAACAUACACUUACAUCUCUAGAUAACAGUCUGCACUUUCACCCAUUUCAGGGUUUUCUUGUCUUGAACUACUGGCUACAUGGCUACCAAAUGCCUAAGGGAGUUCAUUCACAGCUGAGUUAUGAAGCUGGAAUUGGUUCUAGACGCUGGGUAGAUGCAAAGCAGCCUAACUCUUCAAGUACCGACAUUUCUCACCUCCGUUUCCAAGUCUAAUUUGAGAAGGAUACCUUAGCUUCACCGACUUCAAGUAGAACAGAAGCCCGUUUUUCUCCCCUCAUCAGUGAAAAAAAAAUCUAACGCUUCAAAUGUAAAUCGUUAAUAUAAAAGGAAUAUACAGUCUGUUUUACGGAAGUAAAUCAACUGGCAAGAGAAGACUUGGCCUCUAAUUUAUAUUGCUUUGCACUUUGGUCUGAUAUUAAGAAACAGCAUUCUUCAGUGAAAUUUUGGAUGCCAAACACCUACCCAGAAUGUCCAGGGCUUUCCUUUUCAGAAGUUAGCAUUCUCCUUUUGACCGUCCAAGUCAUUAUUAAUUUUGACUUGUAUUAGGAAUAUGUUGGACAAUGGAAAAAUUUCUCUGGAUUAUUUUAGUAAUAUUUUUUGGAUUAUAUGUUCUUUCUCUACCGAUUUCUUUUAAUUUAAAGAACUACAAGCCAGUUAUAUUAUCUCCCACCAGAUAAUAUAGCUUUUUUCAUUUAUUAACUGUUCUCUGUCCCCCAGCCAUCUCCUGAUAUUUGGUAGAGUAACACCUUUAUAUGUGUGCUUGCCUCCUAAUUUAAAAUACUGUAUCCGCAUGUAGAUAUAAUGUACAUAACAGUUUAACCUCAAGGUUGCUGGAGUCAGGGUCCCCUGUGCCUGAGACGCUAAUGCAGAGUGUGUUCACACUUAGCCAUGGGCUGGGCUCAAGAACCUGAUACCAGGGUUGAUGUGGAUGACCUAUAGAACCCUUCCUGCAGUAUUCAUACGGUGUUUUUAUUUUGUCAUUGUCAUUGUGUGUGUGUGGUGUUUGUUUUUAAUGGGAAUCUUGUAUUAAAAUGUAAUUUCUAAAGUUUUAACACAAAUGUUUUAUUUGUUGUGCAGUGUGUACAAUAGAGAGAAGUACCUUAAACAUUUUUGUUGUUCUUUUCUUCAUAAGUACUCCUGAGGCUAGUGGUCACCUCCCAUAGUAUUCAUUUGGCUUCACUGUCAAAAAUCAUUAUUCUGUGCAUUUGUAGCCCUGAGAAGUGAAGAACAAGAAGGCGCUAUUGACUGGGUUUCCUGGCUUUAGAAUAUAUGCAUCUUGGCCACGCCAGGGUGUUAGCAGGGUGGCUUAUGUGUCAGAGCCUGCAGAGCAGGUCAGGCUGCAUCAGAGGCCCGUGUUGAGGGGAAGACACUCCUAAGCAGUGCAAAGCCUCAAGCCCGGGACACCAGUCACCCCUGGUGUCAUCCACUGCUGUGGUCCUGGCAAGUCCUCAAACUCCCUAGUUCCCCACAGCCCCAGUGUGUGGAUGGCACUGGUGCACUGACUGCCUGUGCGUAGAGAGGGUGUUGGCAUCUGGUUGGCACUCCUUUUCCCUUGUUCACUAUUAGGUUUUGAUUUGCCCCUUGCCAUUGUUUCCAAAGAUCAAAGAAUGUCAAAUCAUUUUAAAGGACCAAUAAACAACCUCUUGUAAAUUAAACCUCUUCCCGUGGAAGCACACUCUACUACUAAAGGGAAAGUCCCCGGGCUCUGAUUUGUCUUUGCGUUGAGAAUGGUGUGGGGAUCAAUGUGUGUGUAUGUGAUUUGUUUGUUGAGUUGGCUUUGCUUUUCAGUUUUUCUUUAAAAAAAAAAAAUGCAUCCUUUCCUCCCAUGUUACUAAAUUAAUUUCUGUUUUUGAAAAAUUGAAUCUCAAAGUUAAAAAAUAACCCCUCCUUCAUAAAGUGGAUGUUGUAAGCUUGACAGUGGUUGUGAAAGUGAUUUAACUCUGACCACUCUUCAUCUUACAGUGUCCGUAUCAGACUGGUUAGGGAGGCCCGGGGGGUGGGGAGGAGGUAAUUCUUCUGAAUGAAUGGAUUUUUUUUGUUGUUUUUGCAUGUUUAGUAUAGAAGUUCCUCUCGUUCCUUGGGAGAUCAUGGCCUUUGAAUAUGCACACAACCUUUGAAUUGUGCCUACUAAAUUAUAGCAGGGGACUUUGGCACCCAAGGAAUUCUGACUUUCUGGGAUUAUAAUAGUAAUUCCCAGCUGUACUCUGGACUUUAUUUUGCUAACCAUAAUUAAGCAAUUGUAAAUUACUGCUAUAUUAAUGUUUUAAAGCACUGGGAUAGUCAAAUUCUAACUUUAAUUAUGUUUGCCAAUUAUCUGUUUGAAAUAAAUUUGUGUCUGAACAGCUAUUGAAACUGUUAAAUUGUACAGAUAUUAUUCAUGACAGCUUUGUACUGUGGAAUGUGCUUAAUAAAAAACAAAAAGUUUAACCUUUGUCCAAUAAAUUGCUAAGUAAUGUCAAUAAAUCAAGUAUGAGUAUUAUGCAGUACACCUAAUCUGGCUUCAUGCAGUUGUUACUUCAGCUACUAAUUCAAAGCCAAUACUCUUAAUAAAGUGUUGCAAUACUCUGA